GGAGAGAGAGAGCGAGAGGGAAGAGAAGAGACAAGGGAGAGGGGAGAGUAAGGGGAGAGGAGUGAGAGUGAGUUUCCACCUUGUACCUUGUUACCUAAUGAGGCUGCUGUUUCCACUCUCAGUGUAAAGUCCACAGAGAGGGAUAUAAUAAGAAUUAUUUUCCGCUCUCGCUCAGCUCCUCAGCCUGUUUUUAUGAUGGUCAAAAGAAACAGAAAGUCUGUGGCGGGGCAUUCGGGUUUGUUAAUUAUUGAAUUACUGGUGGAAAGGUGUUUUUACAGCUCUGCUUCCUCGCAGCCUGAUCUCAGCUGAGUUGCACUGGUAUGGGUGAGAUCACAGGGAGGGGCUGCAUUGGAACAGGGAACAGGCAAAGAUAAUCGUGAAGUGCAGCUGGCACAAUUCCAGUUCCUAUCAAAUGCUGCAACAACGCAAUCCUGCUGUCCCUGUGACACUGGCCUUGCAGAGCCAGGAUUAAACUGUGCAGAGAGGGCAGCCUCCUUUCCAGUCGGGGAACGCAGGGUGAUCAGCAGAGUCUGCACACAGGGCAACGCUCGCAUAACCACGCUGCAGGGGGCGGGCAAAGAACAGGGGCAACCCAGCCAGGUGGAGAGUGUGUGUGUCAGUGUGUGUGUAACGCCCUGGCUGGUACUGGUUUCUGCUGUCCUUGUUUUCUCCCAGCUGACCUUGGUCUGAGGGCUGUGUGCAGAGUUCAGUCUCACAGCCUGCUGCCGUCUUAGUGUCUGUUGUGUUCCCACGUCUUAUUGAAACGAGGUCCUGUUGGAAGAGACUCUGCAGCAGCAGCAGCGGUUGUUGAUGAAGCAGAGUUCACCCCCCUGGUCUCUGCAGGUCUCUUUGGAUUGUCCUCUGAGUGUCUGUGGUCCAGCCUGAUACGAGGUACAGGUCCAGAGAAAGCGGCCAGGCUGUGCGUAUUGCUAUGGAAACGCAGCCCUCGUUAGAGACGGCUGGCAGCCUGCAUUCCUCUCCACAGAGGCUGCUGUGUAAACUGGCACCAGUCCUUGUUUCUGUAGAAAGUGGAAUAUUUCCCCGCGCGUUUGCUGCUGUGACGCAACACGAGAACAUUAAUGAAGGAGAGGAAGCCGUCGCUCCGGAUCUCGCUGAUUCCGCAUCACCGGCAGCGUGGCUCGUAUUGCCCUGGCUGGAUGUGUAUAAUCGCUCGUUUUGUCAGCCUCGCGAGAUCCUGGUUGACGUCUCCUCCGAGUUCCCUCAGGAAGUGGAGCACCUCUUCCUGCCCUCCUGUGUGCCGCUGCGUCGCUGUGGGGGGUGCUGCAGUGACGAGGCCAUGGAGUGCACCCCAACACGCACGCACACGCUCACAGUGGAGGUACCCCAACACGCACGCACACGCUCACAGUGGAGGUACCCCAACACGCACGCACACGCUCACAGUGGAGGUACCCCAACAUGCACGCACACGCUCACAGUGGAGCUGAUGAAGGUUAAGUACGGCCGUCACAAAUGGGCGAGGCUGCCUUUCACUGAGCACAGUGCGUGUGAGUGCAGAUUAAAAAAGGGCCUAACGCCAGCGCUGCCAUGGAGGCAGUGCAGUGGGCAGUGCAGUGGGUGUGUGGGGCAGUGGAAGGUGUUGGAUCCAAUGUCCUGUGAGUGCUCGUGUCGACGAUCUCCCCAGCACUGCCACAGGAAGGGGAAAGAGCUGAACCUGCGCUCCUGCAAAUGCGAGUCCCUGAGAAAACGCUGAUUGCAGGAAAGGAAGGAGAGGGAGAGAGAGAGAAGGAACUGUGGAGAAGGAAACAGCCCUCCAACACCGCCUCGGCAGAGACGAGACAAACACACAGCCUGUGAAGAACAGAGCGCUCUCUCUGCACCCCAAAACAGGAGAGCUGGGGUUAUACUGGGAGCCAGGUUCUGCUGGGAAUGCUGGGUUGGCUGAUGCAAAGCGAGAAUUGGAUUGGUAUACACAAACAAACGAGAACAAAGUCAGACCGCUGGGACAUACUAUUAAUAUAUAUAUUUAUACCGAUUGCAAGCAAUGAAAACGGACAAUCAACGCACACGAGAGGCGUGUUUCGUACGAGUACAACCAGCAACCAACCCUAUAGGGAUUCCAACAUUACGUGUUUAUUGUUUGUUUGUUUGUUUGUUUGUUUGUUUUUAAGCAUCUUGCAAGUGAUCACAGUAUACAAAAAAAAAAAAAAACUACAGUCCAGACAGAGGUGCGCAUAGAAGCCCUCGGGCUCGGCAUCCAUGGUUGUAGUUCUAGCUCAGUGCAGGUCAAGGGUUAAGCGCUGGCCAGGGUCCCCUGUUUAAAAGGCUGGCCGAAUGGAAAUUGCCGGGAAGCUGCCCUGUAUAACUGUAGUGUGUUGCUCUCUGCUAAUCCCCUAACAAUGCAAACUGUAUGUGGGCUCUUUGCUGUCAGUAGCCGCUGUGUUGAAAGCAGUUGUUGUUCUGGAGAGAUCGCAGUAAAAUGCCCCGGUUUGGUUUAA